AUGCUUUACGCUGAAUGCCUCCCAAGCUCUCACCCUCUUCGUUUUACAGGGGAGGUUGUCGCGCUUAGAUUCGAAUUUUUGUAGGGAUUAUCCAGCUUUAUUGCCCUUCGAGUAGGUCAUUCUGAACUAGCUCUUAGUGCUGGUAUUUGCAGGAUUUGACACUGGUCAUUAGUUGCAUGGACAGCUUUGUCCAGGUAAAUGACACUGGUCAUGUGAAGGGACGACUGCGUCCGUUGGAGAAGAUUUCUGUCGUUUUAGAUUUUUGUUAGUAGAACGAGGUUUCGAGUUCUCUCGAGAAUGGGAGACCUGUUCACGUAUGAAAAAUUGUGUCCUUUUUUGACACUGGUUCGCGAAUCGUAACUCAACCUGCCAUUCUGGCCAAGGUUUUUCACAAGGUUGAACUGCGUUGUUCUUCUUGGUUUAGGUUAUUUACCUUUCUUAAUCAAGGCUGUAACUUUGUUUUUGUUGAUUGUUAGGUUAUUUUAGUGUCCGAGCUCAGACUGUGUCCUAGACAGGGUGUUUCCCACUUUAUAUUUGUUUGCCUGUAGUUUAUGGGACCUUUUGGGGGAUUUAAAUGAUCUACUAGAGCAAGUCGCGUUUGGGGUAUAUAUGCAGUUAUUACGCGUUUGUUAUUAAGUUUUCUUUGUAGGUUAUUCGCUAGGCCUUUGUUUAGGAGCUACUUUGCAUGCCUAUUUUGCCCCGGGGAGGUCGGUGUAGUUUCCUUCUAUUAUGCUCCCUGCAGACAUUGCGUCAUAGGCAUAGAGCCGUUUAUUAAUCGCUGUCAUCGCUGCGUCACAUUUCCUAGCGCCGUUAUCCUGUUGUUGCAAAAUUUUGGUGAUAUAAUUUUUUCUUGCAGGUCGUAGUUGCAAGUAAAGCAUGGAUGGUGUUCCCUCCUGCUAUUAGGCCGGAUUUUCAUUCUUUAUUUAAAUGUUUACCUAGUUCUAGGGCGGAUUCUACUGUGAAGAAAUAUCUUAAGGAAAUCAACAAGUUUUUACUGCGGUGUAGGACUCGGAAAAUUGCGCUACAGUUGCCAUUUUCUUCUUUUGUUGUUCAUCUGUUUGGCUUAGAUCAACAGCUUAGGUCCCCGGCCGCAAUGGUUUUGGUCCAUGCUGCGCUGAAAUGGUUCCAUUCCUUUGUUCCUGAUGAUGGUCCCAAUCCUUUGGAUAACGCUUGUUGCAAGAACUUGAUUGAGUGCGCCAAGAGGACAAGGAGCAAUCCAGUUCACAAGAAAAAGCCCGUGGACCCUACUAUCAUUAGAAGCAUUAUUGACAGACAUGGCGCUGAGGAAGCAUCUUUAAAGGACUUACGUAUUGCCGCAAUACGUUCUUUAGGUUUUGCAGGAUUGUUUCGUUUUAACGAGUUGGCUAAUAUUCAGCCAAAACACCUCACGUUUUGCGAUGGUUUUGUUAAAAUGUUUGUGCCAAGGAGUAAAACGGAUGUAUAUAGAGAGGGCAAUUAUGUUUAUAUCGCUAAGUUAGGGAACAAAUACUGCCCAGUAGCUAUCUUACGUAGGCCUAUGAUAUUGAAGCAGCCAAUUUGGAUCUGUCUAGUCAUUUGCCUUUAUUCAGGCCAUUAA